AUGACUAUCACCAUAAGACAGGCCACAAUCUAUGAUUUACAGGCAAUUCAGAAUGCCAAUUUGCACAAUCUUCCAGAAAACUAUAUGUUGAAAUACUAUAUGUACCAUAUACUAUCAUGGCCCCAAGCGUCGUACGUUGCCACCACCACCGACUUGUCUACUUACGAACAUGAUGAGGAAGCACAAACGGUAGAUAAAUACUCGCAAAAGAAAAUAGACGAAUCGAAAACCGACCCUUCAUACGCCAACCCAAAGGAAAAAGUUGUUGGUUACAUUUUGGGUAAAAUGGAGGAUGACCCAAACCCAGAAGACAAAACCCCUCAUGGCCAUGUCACCAGUAUUAGUGUGAUUAGAACUUAUAGAAGAAUGGGGAUCGCCGAGAAAUUGAUGAGACAGUCAUUGUACUCUUUGUGUGAAUGCUACGGAGCCAAGUAUGUGAGUUUACAUGUUAGAGUAUCAAAUAGAGCAGCCUUACAUUUGUAUAGAGAUACUCUCCAGUUCACAGUGUUGAAGAUUGAAAAAAGUUAUUAUGCCGACAAAGAAGACGCUUAUUCGAUGAAAAAAGAAUUGGUGUUGGAAGAACUUGUUCCUUCUCUUUUCCAAAAGAGCGAAUUUGUCGAUGAUUUCGAGAAAGAUUUAUUGUCUGAUGAAGAGGAUUAG